UGAUGAACAAGAUUUUUGUAAACAUCAAGGGCUACAUAUGUUUACAUAUGAUGAUGAGUUUGUCUUGAAGAUUUUUUGUUUGUUUAUUAUUUACCUUUUUUUCAUUAUUUAAUGCAUGUUUUAAUAAGUCUUUAUUACUAUGAACCCUCAGCGAACUAAAUUACCUGCUAAAAUAGAAAAGAUUAUUCUGUUUAAUCAAGCAUGGAUGCAAAAGGAAGGUGAAGAGGUGAACAAGUUGAUUUUUUAUUAUAAUGGUGAUUUGAAAGGUGAAGAAUUCAGCAAUUGGGAAAACAGUCUCGCAAUCGAUGAUGUCAACCACAGUCCAACAUUUGAAAGUGACGAAGAAGCUAUUAAGGAUGCAACAAAUUCAAUGGGGCUAAGCGAAGCAAUGAUCAAUUUUGUAAAAAAUUUUGGCUCUCAAGAAGAAAUCUACUCUGUCCAUGGAUCAAAAAUAAGAAUGUCAUUAAAAGAAAUUGAACCUGAUUAUUGGUUAUCCUUAUGCCUAACGCUUCCAAAAACUUUGGUUGCUGCUCAGUCUAGUAAAGAAAGUAGCGCCCAUAAAGAUCAACAUUACAUCGAAUAUCAAGAUGAUGAGCUUAACGAUUAUUUAGUACAAACUGUGAUGAAACAAAUUUAUGAAUCAUUUUUCCUGUUCCAUGGAUCCCUUCAAUCAAUCUGGGAGAAGACUGGAAAAAAUCUUAGCCACCUUAGAUCAGUUUGCUCUGGAUUUUUUGGAUGGUUCUUGCCCUCUCUCAAGUUCUCUAUGAUUAAUUUAAUUGAACUUUUUGGUGCAAUCCAGUAUCUUUCAGUUGAUCAAUCUACUUACAUGGCUGCCCAAAGUUUCGUUAAUCAUGUGUUAUCCUGUGAUCUUUCCUGUAAACAUAUACUCUUCCUAUUCAAUGAGCAACUAAUUUCAAGUUCAUUAGACUUAAACAAUACUCGCAUAAUCUAUCGUUAUCUGAUUUCUUCAGUCAUUCCAGAGGUUUCUUCUGAAGAGAUGAGUGAACCAUUUCGUACCAAAGUACUGAAGAAGACAAGAUUUAUCCGUACUAAUAUAAAAGUUAAUCUGAAAGAGGAAGAAUCUACGAGUUUAUAUCUUAUGAAUGUCUAUCGAUCCAUCAACGGAGCAACGGUGGCAAUUCUAUUAGAUUCCACGGAGAAUCCUUUGUAUGAUCAAAUCCUGUCUAAAUGUGAUGUCUUCAUGUCCGAAAGAUUACCCGAAUUAGCUUUUAAACUGGGUGAAAUUGCUGUGAUUGGAAUAAACAGUUUGGAAAAUUCAACUAUCACUUCAUCCAACUCUCUAUCAGCUUCAUCUGUCUCUACUUCUUCAUCUAAUCUUAAAAACGAUCUUCAAAUUGAUUCAUUUCGAUUUGCUUACUUCAACGAGUCAAAUGCUUCAUUUAAAUCAAAUGCUGGUUUCAAUGGCAGGUUUGAUCAUCGGAAACAAUCAGACUCUGAUUUUAUUAAAUUAAUCAUUGACGUUAAAUCAGAUCUUCGGACUUACUUACUACCUUCUGAGGGUAAAAAUUUUAUCGAAUUUGUGGCCAAGACAACAAAUGAAUCAUGGUUGGUGGCUCAUGAAACAGAUGCUCGAACCUUAUUUUGCAUGUUAAACCACAAGAACGAUAACCUGGUUGAAGCAGCUGAAUCCGUAGCUACACAUCUUUCAAAAAGAUUCAAAAACUAUUUAUUCCUUGACUGAAAGUUAAUGCAAACGAGAGGAAAACAAUUGCACCUGAAAUAAUCUUCUACAUUUUGUGUUUAUUCAAUGCAGCAAUUGUAAUUUUUGUGUAACUAGAAGAUUGUCAAUAGAUCCUAUCUGCAGCAAAUUAUUAAUUCAAUUUCUUUUUUCUUUUUCUUUUCCUUUUGUUGCUUUUCGAUUUUACAGAAAAAUGAUUAAUCUAUUCAAAAGUGACUAAGACUAUGGCAAAAUACCUCAAACAACUGAUCAACCAACAAAGAAACACACAACAAAGACCGAAUGAGAUGCAAUCGAAUUUAUUUUUUUAUUCAUGCUAGUCAAAGGUAACUCAUAGAGUGAUUGUCACCAUUGUUACCUGACAACCAAGCUUAAAAAUUUUCAUCAAUCGAUCACUUUUACCACAGUCAAUGUUUUCCCACAACAAUUACCUUAGUGAUGAUGAACUUAAAUGUUUGUGUUGGGAUGUGAAAACAAAAUAUAAUACAAACAUUAAUCACCAAGGAAACCAUGAUAAAUGGCCCAUAUAUUGUCGAUUAGACCAGAAACAAUGCUGUGGUACAUUGAAAUAACAUACUUAUCUUCAUCAAGUGUUAGCGAAAAACUCGAGAAAAGGCACUCUAAUUCAUCGUUAAUCGAUACUAUCAACAUCCAUUCAGAAUAUGCAUAUCAGAAGAGAUCCGAAAUGCGACCGAGACCACUUAUUUUGCAAUGAAACAAACCAAAUCAAAACGAUUGUAAGAUUAAUUUAUAAGCCAUUUUUACUGCAAUAAUUGAACAAAAGUAUUAAAAUUUUCAAAAAACAA